CUGAUAAUAGUCCUUGAAACAAAGCUAUUGACGGUAGCUCAUACUUCAAACAAUGGCAAAAAUAUACUCAGCUUCUACUACUGCUCCUGUGAACAUUGCUACCCUCAAAUAUUGGGGAAAGCGCGACACGAAGCUCAAUCUUCCUACGAACUCUUCCAUUUCAGUCACUCUUUCUCAGGAUGACCUAAGGACCUUUACCACGGCUGCUGCCUCGGAGGCUUUCACUAAGGACACUCUCUGGCUGAACGGUACCGAGGAGUCAGUGACCGGCGCUCGUACCUCAGCCUGUCUCGCAGAGUUGAGAGCUCUGCGCAAAUCUCUGGAGGACGCUGACCCUUCUCUUCCUCCAUUGAGCACAUACAAGCUUCAUAUAGUCUCAGAGAACAACUUCCCUACCGCUGCAGGCUUGGCUUCGUCGGCCGCCGGAUUCGCUGCUCUCGUCCGUGCUAUCGCGGACCUCUACGAACUUCCCCAGAGCGCCGAGGAGCUUUCGCGAAUUGCCCGACAGGGUUCAGGUUCCGCCUGCCGCUCGCUGUUUGGUGGAUAUGUGGCAUGGGAGAUGGGUGAGAAGGAGGAUGGCUCAGACUCUCGUGCUGUGCAGAUUGCUACGGAAACUGACUGGCCUGAUAUGCGGGCUGCCAUCCUCGUUGUCUCUGCUAAGAAGAAAGAGACGUCCUCGACCACUGGCAUGCAGACCACCGCGAAAACCUCACCUCUUUUCAAGCACCGCGUGGAAGUUGUUGUUCCCGAGCGUUUCAAGGUCAUGUCGAAGUCGAUCCUAGACAAAGAUUUCGAGACUUUUGGCCAGCUCACCAUGGCAGACUCAAACCAGUUCCACGCCGUUUGCCUCGACUCCUCUCCCCCUGUCUUUUAUAUGAAUGACGUUUCCCGCAAUGUUAUCUCCCUUAUCGAAAAGGUGAACAACUUGGCUGGCCGCGUGGUGGCAGCUUACACCUUCGACGCUGGCCCAAACGCGGUUUUGUACUACCUGGAGAAAGACGAGCCGAUUGUGUUGGGCCUGCUGAAGGCCGCACUCCCUGAUCUCGAUGGAUGGCAGAACAAGGCUACGGUUUCUGCGGCAGUUCCGGAUGGCGUCAGCGAGGACAUGUACGAUUCAUUGAAGGAUGGUGUGAGUAGAAUCAUCCUGACUGGUGUGGGUCCCAGUCCCCAGAAGAUUGCUGAGAGUCUUGUUGACGAGAGCGGCCUUCCGAAGUCGGCUUAGAUUCGCGAUUUAUAGCCAAGUCUUGUAAAAGCCGAUAACUUGCUGUGUUUGAGAAUCUUGCGUACAGCUCUGUUUUCCUAAUUAUCGUCGAUUGCUUACAUGUAUAAUACUGAAUCCAAAUUUGUUUAAUAUGAAAUUCACA